UGACUUGAAAAUGGCAGACGAAACCAAAAAUAUUGUUGCUCUGUUAAAUGGGAUCACAAAACGAACAUACUACGGUGAAUCAGAAAUAACCAAUGAUUUUCUUAAGAGCGAAAUAUUUCCUAACUUAAGCACUGAAGAAUUUGACGCAUUGAGUACAAAAUGUAUUUCAAUUUUAAAGAUUUUGGUGUCGGCUGACAUGGACUUUAACCAAUGUGAAGCAUUCCUCACAUCUCAGGUGAAGAAGCCAGAAGGUGGCAUCACAGAAAACAUGGCCAACGCCUUCAGGAAGUUCUGGAAGAACCACAAGAACAAGAUCCAUGAAGCUCUCAUAUCCAAGUCUACAUGGAACAACACAUUAAACCAUGUUUCAUGGAGAAUUGACAUUAAAUCACAAGCAAGACAUAUUGAUGAAAUCAAUGCCCCUACAGCUAUCAUGGAAUUAGAAAUAGGACCAAAAGAAAAGAGUGAAAAGAAAUCUGAUGUUGUGCGGUUUGAGAUGGAUGAUGAGCGAUUAACAGCUGUGUUGAAGACAAUGCAGGACAUUGAAAAUGCUGUCAAUAAAUACUGCGAACCAUGAUGGACAAAACCAUAUUGCUUGAUUGUUGCAUUAUAUUCCAUGAAGAUUUUGAUAAAUCGGUACAUGCUACUUUGCUGUAUGCAGUAUCCAAAACAGGAUGUACCCAGACAGUGUGCAAUAUGAAAAAGGAGUGUUAACAUGAAUAUGAUAUUUGCAGACAUGAUUUUCACUGUACGUUUUCAUAUAUAUAAUUAUAUAUAUAUAUAUAUAUAUAUAUACAAUAGAAAACCCUUCAUAAACAAAUAUAUAAAUUUACAUAUU